UUGAGUAAAUAAUCUCUGUCCGAUUUAUUAAAAUUUUAAUCUCUAUAAAUUGCAGUUUUAUUUUUAAAAUAUUUCACAAAGUAGAACAUAAUUGCUGCGUUCAUGGUCGAAAAUUACUACUGUCAUACGCUGGAAUAUGGAACAGGAACGCAGUAGUAGUUUUUAUUAAAAAAAAACAUAUUUGAGGAAAGGAAAUCGAAUAUUCUGCGCUCUCCGCAAUUACAAUAUAAAACAAGUUUCAAAAUGAUCGGAGCAAUUUCCCGCAGUGUUUCUAACAAUUUACGUAAGAAUGUUAUCUCUAACUUCGUGAGGAGUCACUCACACGGUGGUGUCCCUGGAGAGAACUUGCCGUUCGACAUCAGCAACAGGUACAAGCUGACUGCCUUGUUCAUUGUAUUUGCUGGCUCCGGAAUCGCUGCCCCUUACCUCAUCACCCGCCACCAGCUCCUCAAGAAGUAAAAUGAUGAUAAAAUGUAUGUAACAUCGUAGAAGUUCCAUAGGUAUAAGUUAAGAAAUGUAAUAAAUUAUCAUUAAUUAA